AUGAUGCGCACCGAAAUGCCUUUGGUAUCGAGCGCUGCUGCGGUGAUGAUGUUUGCGUUGGCCGUGUGGCCGGGGCCCGUUCCCGCGGGAUGCGCGAGGAUAUUGGCCGUGGAGACGGUGGGCGGCAGGAGCCACUGGAACUUUAUGAGUGGCAUUAUUAGGGCACUGAGGUUUCCGGUGGGCGUGGACAUGGACCUGGCCGGGCUCUUGGACCACUUCAGCAACCCGUUCUGGACGUACGGCGCUUUCGUGGAAAUGGGUCGGUCGCAGUGCGACGUGAUCUACGGCAGCGACGAGAUGAGAAAACUGCUGCAGGACCGACCACGGUCGUCGACCGCUGGCUUCGAUGCUGUGCUCAUCGAAUCGUUUUGGUCCGAGUGCAUGUCGUACGCGGCCGCUCGGCUCGGGUUGCCGCUCAUCUAUGUCACGCCACUGCCGCUGAUCGCGUUCAUGGAGCACGCCAUCACCGGUCACGUGUCCAACCCCGCCGCCGUUUCCAACCUGAUGACCGUGCACGCCGUCCCCGAGACGUUCGUGGAAAGGCUGAGCAACGUGGCGUUACUGGUCUGCGGUUCAGCCUUGCAGCGGUACAAGGAGAUCGUGCUCAAGUACACCGAACCGCCCAAGGAGUACGAUCUACUCGAUCCCGUGCCACCGUCUUUGGUGUUCGUCAACAGGCAUUUCAUAAGCGACGCCCCGAGUCCGGUGCCCAGGAACGUUGUCGACGUGGGUGGAAUACAUCUGAAAGUGGCCAAGAGUUUGCAAAAAGAUGUAUUAGAAUUCAUCGAACAAUCGCCUCAUGGAGUAAUUUAUUUCAGUUUUGGUUCAACAGUGAAAAUGUCUACAAUACCGGAAAGCGUAAAAAAAGCGUUGAUAAAGGCGCUCGCACGAGUUCCGCAAAGAGUGUUGUUGAAAUACGAAGAUGAAAUGGAAGACAAACCAAAAAAUAUGAUGACGAAACAAUGGCUUCCCCAACGCGAUAUACUUUUGCACCCCAAUGUGAAACUGUUCAUCAGCCACGGAGGUAUUUCUGGGCUAUACGAAGCCGUGGACGCCGGUGUCCCGGUCCUCGGAUUUCCUUUGGUAGGCGACCAACCGAGAAACAUUGACAACCUGGUCAACGCCGGCAUGGCUAUUUCGAUGGACCUACUGUCCGUCACCGAAGACUCAUUCUUAAACAACCUCUUGGAACUACUCAACAACCAAAAAUACUCAGAGAGCGCUAAAAACGCCAUGAAAAUAUUCAAAGAUCGACCCAUGUCGCCGGAAUCGUUGGUUGUUUACUGGACAGAGUACGUCCUACGUCACCGUGGAGCUCCGCACUUGCAGUCUCGAGCAUUAAAUCUGCCGUGGUAUCAAUAUUACCUGUUGGACGUGAUAGGUUUCGCGAUCGCUUUCAUAUCCCUCGUCGUUUUCGUAAUCUACAAUAUUUUUAAAUAUUAUGCAGCAUAUACAAAACUUUUAGAUCGCUCGCGAGACGUCAAAACCAAUAUUGAAUAA